AUGGACCCGAACUGCAGACCCUGCCUAGGAUGGAAACCGCUUCCAGACAGUGGGGUGGCAGCUUCCCCCUGCCCCCCUAGUGCCAGCAGCUGUAUUCCCCAUGCAGAUAUAUCUCUGCUUGGCAUCUUCCCGCGGAAGCACCAUCCUGUGCUGUUGCCACCCCGCAGUGCUCGGCUGAUGGCUGAGGAUGGCGGGGCCGUGGGCCUUGCCAAUGGGGAGGCCGGGAGCCCCUCCGACACCGUCCAGGAGACCAGCUGGCCCGAGGACGAUGAGGUCUUUAUGACGGAGCGGCUGAGCCCCACCGUCAUGGCCACGUUCAGACCCGGCAACGUGGAGGAGCUCUACGAGCUGCUGGAGAAGCUAGGCAGCGGGCACUUUGGGGUGGUGAAGCGCUGCCGGAAGCGGAGCUCGGGGACUUUCUACGCCGCCAAGUUCGUGAAGAUGCGUAAGUGCAAGGGGAGCCGGCUGGGGCUGGACCGCGAGCAGGUGGAGCGGGAGGUCAGCAUCCUGCAGCAGCUGGAGCACCCCAACAUCCUGCGCUUGCACGACCUCUUCGCCAGCAAGGCCGAGAUGGUGCUGAUCCUGGAGCUGAUCCGCGGUGGGGAGCUCUUUGACUUCAUUGCCGAGAAGGAGACGCUGACAGAGGCGGAGGCCAUCGAGUUCCUGCAGCAGCUCCUGCAGGGCGUUGCCUACAUGCACGGGCGGCACGUCGCCCACUUCGACCUCAAGCCAGAGAAUAUCAUGCUGCUGGAGAAAGAUGUCCCCAACCCGAAAAUCAAGAUUAUCGAUUUUGGUCUGGCCCAAAAGCUGGAAGAUGGAGUAACCUUCAAAAGCCUUUGCGGGACUCCGCAGUACAUAGCUCCCGAAGUGAUUAACUACGAGCCCCUGAGCUCGGCGACAGACAUGUGGAGCAUCGGCGUUAUUACCUAUAUCUUGCUGAGCGGGAUGUCCCCGUUCCAGGGCGAGACGGAUGCCGAGACCCUCUCCAACGUCGUCGCUGGCAACUAUGAGUUCGAGGAAAAAUUCUUCAGCGAGACCACCGAUAUGGCCAAGGACUUCAUCCGGCAGCUGCUGGUGAAGGAGCCCGGGAGUCGCAUGAGCGCGGCCGAGAGCCUCGUCCACCCGUGGAUCAAGCCCCUGAGCCGGAAACAGGCCACCAACCGUAGCCGCUCCUCCAUCAACAUGAAGAACUUCCGCAAGUUCAACGCCCGCAGGAAAUGGAAGCUCUCCUACAACAUGGUGUCUGCCUGCAACCGGCUCUGCCGCCUGAAGCUCUUGUGUGGCCAGAGGAAGGAGGAUGAGACUCUGCGCGGCUGCGAGAGCGACCAGGAGGACGAGACCACCCACCCGGUGACGCUGCUGCGCCGGCGGAGAAGCAGCUGCUCUUGA